AUGACGCUGAAGAUGGCUUUUAUAACAACCGUGUUCUUAGCGUCUCUUACUGCCUUUAUCAUGGGACUGCGUAGAGACAAGAUAUUGAAGCUUGACAUGGAAACCAUCAAGGAGGCGAUGGAAGCAACUGGAAAUGAGAUGGCAGAACUUGGAAAGAAGACUAUGGAAGUACUUGUGCCCAGCACAUCUCAGAACCCUGAGGAGCCGAAUGAAAGCGAGGCAGACUCCAAUAAAGAGAGCAGAAAAAAUUUGCCCUGA